CACGGUCACCCCAGUUAUGCAUCCAUUCACGUCAUGCCACAUUAUUUCGUUUACUGCGGCUCUAUCACUAGUUUUUGGACCCUGGUCAUGAUGAUUGGUCCAUGCCUUUAAACUCUCCCGGGUGCGGCCGCCGUCUUGUCCACCAGACCCGUAGCUGGGCACGGCUCGUUUCCCCACUCUUCGCCUGCGGGAGCAGUGGUUUCAUCCAAUGUGCUUUCAAUUGGUGCCGCACGGGUGGAUCUGUUCUACCUAGCACGUUGCUUCCUUCGAAGCAUAUCCGUGUGCCUAUUCUAUCUUUGCCCAUUCGGUACCACAUGCACAAUCUCUUCCCCACAUCUGAUUGCAAGCAGAUCGGCGCCAUUGCUAGGAACAAGACAUGUACCUAUAGGCUAUGCCUAACAACAAACCCCAGCGAACCGAUCCCCAAUUCAAUAAAUGCACUGAUUAGGUUCAACCGCUGCAUGGUCCUAGCGAUAUCGUGCUGAUGCAAUACGCGAUAGGAUGGGAUUCUAGGCAUUGAUGUGAGAUUAUUCCGUAGGAAUCCCUUAGCCAUUUCUGUGGCUGCGUCCGAACAAAGGUUUGGCGAAGGUCAUGCGCAAUAUGAUGCUAGGAAACGGCAAGUUUCGGUAUGGCGAA